AUGGCCAAGGGCAGCGGCCAGGGGGGCAAGGGCAAGGCCAGCAACAAGAACGGCGACACGAAGAGCGCCGCACAGGUGACCGUCAAUCUCACCAAGGAGUGGUGCUGGCAGUGCGGGCAGCACUGGAAGGCGCCAAAGUCACUACAGCCUGCCGACGCUCAGGCCUGCCCGUGGCGGGCGAACGUGCAGCAGGACAGCCCGACAGAUGACAAGGGCACGGACUACAGCGGGGUCAUCCAAAAGAUCCAGGCGGCGUACGACGCAGCCGAGAAGGUCGGGAAGGUUGAUGCCAAACCAUUGCAAGCAGUUCUAGACAUGGUCCGUGCCCAGCGUGAUUCUGAGAAGACACCGAUGCAGAUGGCUCAGUCAAUAACCCAGAAGCUCGGGCAAAAGCAAAAGGCUCUGGAACGCCACAAGUCAGCCCUCGAAGAGUUCACUCAGGAGGCGUUGGAGGCGGAGUUGAAGCUAGCCAUGAAGAAGGAGAAGGUCGCGAAGGAGGAGGCAGCCAUCGAGGCCUGCAUCAGCGACAUCGCGAGGCUGGGGGAGGAGCAGAAGCUGUGGCUCGGCAAGGCUCGGGGAGAGCAGCAGCCCAAGCCAGCAGCGGCACAGGUGGCCGAGUCCUUCAACGGGCUUCAGGCGGCCUUGGAGGCGCUGGGCUCGGCGGCUGCUGGGGACCCCAGCCUCGUCCGCGCGUUCACCGACUUCGCCGCGGCGCUGAAGGCACACGGGCAGCAG